CACAUCCCAAUGUUGCGGCAUCACUAAACAACAUUGGGGCAUGUUGGAAUGACCUUGGUGAUCACAGAAAAGCUUUUAGUUAUUACGGAGACUCACUGAAGAUGAAGAAAGCUAUCUAUGGCGAAACAACGCCACAUCCCGACAUUGCUAAAUCACUAAACAAUAUUGGGGCAUGUUGGAGUGACCUUGGUGAUCAGAGGAAAGCUAUUAGUUAUUACGAGCAGUCACUGAAGAUGAGGAAAGCUAUCUAUGCUAUCAGUUAUCACGAACAGUCACUGAAGAUGAGGAAAGUUAUCUAUGGCGAAACAACGCCACAUCCCGACAUUGCUCUAUCACUAAACAACAUUGGGACAUGUUGGAGUGACCUUGGUGAUCAGAGAAAAAGGAAAGCUAUCAGCUAUUAUGAACAGUCACUGAAGAUGAGGAAAGCUCUCUACGGUGAAACAACGCCACAUCCAGACAUUGCAUCAUCGCUGAACAACAUUGGUGCAUGUUGGAGUGACCUUGGUGAUCAGAGGAAAGCUAUCAGUUAUCAUGAACAGUCACUGAAGAUGAAGAAAGCUAUCUAUGGCGAAACAACGCCACGUCCCGAAAUUGCUUCAUCACUAAACAACAUUGGGACAUGUUGGAGUGGCCUUGGUGAUCAGAGGAAAGCUAUCACUUAUCACGAACAGUCACUUAAGAUGAAGAAAGCUAUCUAUGGCGAAACAACGCCACAUCCCGACAUUGCUGUAUCACUUAACAACAUUGGGAACUGUUGGAAACAUCUCAGUAAUCACAGUAAAGCCAUGAGGUAUUUCGAAAAAUCAUUGAAUAUGAUGAAAGUUGUCUAUGGGGACAAUCCAGCACAUCCCAACAUAGCAAAAGUACUGAACAACAUUCGGUCAUGUAAAAGUGCCCUCGCUGAGUAAAGUAAAGCCUUUAGUAGUUAUAGCAAAUCAUCACUCAAGAUUAGCUAACUAUGGAGACACUACUGAACAUCUCCAAUCUGCCUUAACAUAUCAUGUCAUUACAUAGCUAUCUUUGUCACAAAUUACUUACUAUGUAAGUAUAGCAGCUUCUACUACAUGAUAAGGGGAAUUGCUUUAUUUGCAAGACUAUGUAUUGCGUUGGGAGACUAAUAGAUAUACUUGUAGUCUUUGGUGGAAUUUCUUGCACUCAUUUUAAGUAGGCAGCCAUUUGGACAAUUCCUUUAUGGUCUAUAUCUAGAAUCAGGGAUUAGCACGACAAUGAAUAAAGGAAACAAAGUCAUA